CGAAGGUUUCCGUACGUGAUCGAACGUAAAUGAUAAAACUUCGACUCUUCUUAAGUUUUUACUUUAAUGUCCCUCCUAACCUGCGACGACAUACCAUUCCAACCUAUCUGUCACAUUUCCCCCAUAAUUCCAUGUACAUAUCAUAUUUAAGCGACUAGAGACAAGACAUUGUGUAAAAAAAGUUAACAGUACCUCAAUUUAGUUCACAGGUAGUUCGCGAAUUGUAACGGCAAACUCGUGCAACAAUAACAAUCUCUACUCACUCUUUGUUACCGAAGAAUGCGAUCGAAGUCCCUUUGAAUGACCACAACCUACAAUAAGCAAAACAAAGGCUUUCAAGCUAGCUAGAAGAGCUUGAAGUCUUUUUUGGUGCGACUCCAGACCGACUGCCUGAGCAGCGCUUCUUGCAGUCGGUGUGAAUAGGCCUUCACCACCGUCUUUGCGGCCAGUGGUGGCCUGGCGCAUACCUCUCGCUACCAAUGGAUCAAAUUGACGAUUCGCAACCCACCCAGCCAGCUACACAAAAUGCCAUAGAUCCUCGAAGAUAUGGACAACAAAACUCGGGGUUCUCCGACGAAGACAUAUCCGACAUAAUCUGCCUGCUGUACCCCAACUCCGACAGUGCCAGCCGUGAAGUCGAACGAAUCGCAGCUUCGGCCGAAUACGCCCAUCAUGUUGUUGGAAGAUAUAGCGCCGACGCUAUUGACGCGGAUCUAUAUAAGGAAGACGAUGCGAAAGAAUUUGGUCGAACUCGAGGUAUCGGAGACCAUGCUCUUGUGAUCAAAUUGUCAUCUGCGCUGAAGCAACCCGCUCUAGGCUUCACCUUCGGGCGCAACCAAAACCGAUGUGAUAUCCGCUUCGUGCACGAUCCUAAUAGGCGGCUUAGCAAUAUUCAUUUUCGCAUAUUCGUCAACAAGUAUGGCACUGUAAUGAUAGAAGAUCAGUCAACAAAUGGUACGGUAGUGGACCAGAAGUUACUCCGCAAGAGAAAUGAUGCUACCAAGAGGACUCUCGAGAGCGGAUCCACAAUCAAAAUUGUUAUGCAUCAAAGCACGGACGAUCUUGUCUUCCUUGUGCGCAUUCCACGCCGCUACGAGGGUCACGAUAUAGCGUACAGGAGGAAACUGAUUACUUAUCUUCGACGGACUCGGCAAGUGGAUGAUGUCAACAGGACUAUCGGGCCCGGACCGAGUGGCCAUGUAAAUCUAUUUACACCUAUCCGGAACGGGCGCGGGACUGCCGACGAUACAUGGGAAACCACGCAACCAGCACCUGCACGUCUACCUCGAGAGUGGCGUGGUGGCGAGAAGUAUGCUCGCGUAGGCGUGAUCGGAAAGGGCGCUUUCGCUACGGUUCAUAAGGUCACCUCUAAGUAUGACGGUUCACCAUAUGCGGCCAAAGAGUUAGAUAAGCGCAGAUUCAUGAAGGAUGGUGUUCUAGACCAGAAGGUUGAGAAUGAGAUGAAGAUUAUGCAGAAGAUCCAUCAUAAAAACAUUGUCCAAUACAUCGAACAUUUUGACUGGGACGUACACCAGUUCUUCAUUAUAAUGGAAUAUGUUCCCGGCGGAGAUCUCGGCAAGUUUGUCAUGGACAACGGCCCGAUCAAGGAGCCCUAUGUCAAAAUAAUGGCAAACCAACUUCUUGAUGCGCUUGGAUACCUACAUAAAAACAAGAUCACGCAUCGUGAUGUAAAACCCGACAACAUCCUAAUACAUUCGAUAGAUCCACUCGUCGUCAAACUAACAGAUUUCGGCUUGUCGAAAAUGAUCGAUACGGAACAAACAUUCCUCAAAACUUUUUGUGGAACCCUUCUGUAUUGUGCUCCUGAAGUCUACAGCGAGUAUUCGUCGUACGAUGAUAAUGGCAGGCGAACAAAUAGAAAUAACAAUAGGCCUGUUGAUAGGGAGAGGUAUGAUCACGCAGUGGAUAUUUGGUCUCUUGGCGGUGUUUUAUUCUACGCCCUCAGUAGCCGUCCACCCUUCCCGGUGAGGAACGGGGUCACAUAUACUGAGUUGCUCGACCGCAUCAUGAAAGAGCCAGUCAACGCCAAUCCCUUGAGGCAAUUGGGCGUAUCCGAAAACGGCAUUCACUUCCUAACGAGAAUGAUCCACGUGCGACCAGAAACCAGAGCAUCAAUCUCAGAGCUCCAAUCUCAUGCCUGGUUCACAGGGAGGGCGGAAAAUAAGGAGCUAGAAUUCAAGGCUUCGCAGCUUAGCCUCGACGAGCUUCAAACUGUCGGGGCUACCGCAGAUGACUUUCUAGAGCCAGAGCCAGACUUUUCAUCCGGUGAUUUUGAAGCCGAAAAGGAGAACUACACUUUCGGGCAACAACAGAAUAGACUAUUCGGUGAAGUGAACAACUCGGCGCUUGGCAGUUCUGGGGCAAUCGCAGAGGGUCGCUUAAACCUCCCAGUUUCGGAUGCAAGCCUGGGACGAACUGAUAUACUAGAAACCGAAAUCCUUGAUAGUUUUGGGGAGUCGGAAGAAUUGUCGACGCCAAGACAGAAGGGCCAACCAAAUCCUGGUAUAUUGCCAUCCGGAGAAAAUCUUCAAGGAGAUUCUCGGAGCGUGAUACUAGGAACGCAUCAGCAAAGCCUCGGUGGCGCCUCUUUGAUCCUUGGAAAUCUGAACGUUAAGUCUAUCGCCAAUGGCCCAUAUCUUCAAUCCGGAGUCGAUAACUUGAAUUCGAGCAAGAGAAAGCCUGCCUCUUACGAUACAAGCGAUGAGUAUGAGGCAAGUGAAAGUAGGAUCAAGCCAUCGUUCAAGAGACUCAAAUCCCAAGGAGAUAUGAAUGACUACGAGAUCGAGGAUGAUGAAAUACGCUUACUUGCAAGUAUUCCCCAAGUUAUGGAGAGCAAGACAGGCCGUCAAAUCGACUUUCCCCUUCCUAAGACGACGUUUUGGGAUAGCUCGAAUAAGGACACCUGGCACUUAAACUAUCCCGAAAUGACCCAUCUCCAGUUCAACGCGUUCGAGUUCGCCGCCAAUAAAAGGAAGGAAGAGUUUGUCCCUGGACAUUCACGCCUCUGGGACAUCGCAAUGAAGUACUUCCCACCUACGCACAGCCGAGAUCCACCCAAGGUCAUAGGCAGGGCACUCGCCUUACGGCCGGCCACACUCAAGCGUGACAAUCAAGUAGUCGAGGAGGUGAACGACCAUAAUUUGCUUGACACUGCUCCCUGUGUUGAGGACGAAUUAGAGUCUAUUCCGGACACUCUACCCCCAGACACACAGACCCAGCCACGCACGCAACCUACCGAAACGGUACAAACGGUCGCAGCGUUCUACUCGACACCAGGAUCACCAAUACCAGGCAUUUCUAUCCAUCUUAGCGACCCUGUAGUUUCGUGGGGCAGGGACCGCAACAAUACGGUUGUUUAUGAGCCAACCGAAAAUUCCAAGGUCCCCAAGAAUGCUUUUAGAGUUGUGCUUUGGAAGGAUGGUUAUGCUGCAUCUUUGAACGAAUUCCGUCCCUGGGGGCACCCUCGUUCAACAGCGAGUCGCACGAUACGGAGUCCACCAGAUCCAAAUACAUUUGCGUUUUAUAUAUCCACGAAGGCCACCAACGGGAUCUACAUUAACAACAACCUCUUAAUACCCAAUGAGCCAAAAGACAGCAGAGCCGCGUGUAAAUGCUGGGUAAAGUUAUACCAUCGCGAUACUAUAAUGUUCUGGGGGCUCCCAGCUCAACAUGGAAACGCAAAGUUGACAUUCGAAUGUUAUUGGGGCGGUUCCUCGGUUGUAAGGCCAGCAAACGAGCCUCCGAUGUGUGUACCCGAGCCGCAGGCUCACAAGUUAGACCGUCUUUGGCCCAAAGCCAUGCAUACGCUUCAUUAUGAUAAGAUCAAAAAUGAAGCACAGCGUGAGCAGGAGGUCAGAAUGCAGCACAAGGAGUAUGAAUUGGAGCGGAGUCGGAACUUCGAGAAGAAGCGUGCUGAGGCCGUGAGGAUCCUUGCUUCUCUUACUUCUCGCCGCGCAUCGGCAGCUAGCGCACCCCCUCCUCCUCUAUCAGAGAGAACAACACCCCAAUUCCAACAGACUAUGCCCCACAGUAGUUGAUUAUAUCACUACCUCGUUGCGUCUAGCGACUAACACAGCACCAACGGCCCUAUUACUACCAUAUACUCUAGGCUAACCACUACGUUUUGGUACCUCGACAUAUUUUUCACACUUAUUUAACAAGAAUUUGGUCGAAUGUAUAAGGUACAACUUUGUUUUUUCUUAUACAAUGCUGUAGAAGUAGAUGGGAAAGAAGGCAGAAGAGAAAUACAUUUGAUAAGAAUUACACCUGUUCAGCUUAGAUAUCGGGAAUUAUCCAUGUAGCCGUUAUUGGCAUCUACAUGUUGAUGGGAAAAAGUGAGAAACGGAAAUAAAUAUUCAGGGGCGCCGUUCGCGCAUGUUGGGGAGGUUCCCAGGAGGUUGUCACCUUCUCGGAUUACGCCUAGUGGCCUAUAUCCCCAUACCUAGGUAGAUUAGGUAGUCAUAUUCCUUAGAGGGAAGUCACCCAGAGGAUAUGAUAAUAAAAAAAAGAUUUUGAUA